GAGGAUGAGGAUGAGGAGGAGGAGGAGGAGGAGGCGUGGUGGGGAUGGAGGAGCUGGGAGUGGCUGCUGCUGUUCCAGGCCGGCUCCAUCGGUUUGGGAUGGACGGAGCGGCGCCGGCACUGCCGGCACGGCGCCGACGGCUCAGGGAGCUUCGGGUCUCGGUUUGCCGUGGGGACCCUGGGGAUGGAAAUCCCAACCAUGCCAGGAGAUCUGGGAUGGACAUCCCAACCAUGCCAGGAGAUCUGGGAUGGACAUCCCAACCCUGCCAGGAGAUCUGGGAUGGACAUCCCAACCAUGGCAGGAGAUCUGGGAUGGACAUCCCAGCCAUGCCAGGAGAUCUGGGAUGGACAUCCCAACCCUGCCAGGAGAUCUGGGAUGGACAUCCCAGCCAUGGCAGGAGAUCUGGGAUGGACAUCCCAACCCUUCCGGGAGAUCUGGGAUGGACAUCCCAACCAUGGCAGAGUCCAUCCCAAUCCUUCUAGGAACCCCAACCCUGCCAGAAACCCCAGGAUGGAAAUCCCAGCCUUUCCAGGAAAUCUGGGAUGGACACCUCAGUCCUUCCAGGGUCCAUCCCAACCUUUCAGGGACCCCAGGAUGGACACCUCAAUCCUUCCAGGACCCUCAGGACGGACAUCCCCACCGUGCCAGAGUCCAUCCCAAUCCUCUAGGAACCCCAGCCCUUCCAGGAAUCCCAGAAUGGACAUCCCAACCCUGCCAGGACCCUCGGGACCCCUGGGAUGGACAUCCCAGCCCUGCCAGGAUCCAUCCCAACCCUGCCAGGACCCUCAGGAUGGACACCCCAAACCUUUGGGAUCCUUGGGAUGGCAAUUCCGUCCCUUUGGGGUCUUCUUCACCAUUUUGGGGUGAGAAUUCCAAACAUUUGGGAUCUCCUGCACCAUUUUGGGAUGGGAAUUCCAUCCAUUUAGCUUCUCCUACCCAUCCUGGCAUGGGAUUUCCAUCCCUUUGGGAUCUCCUUCACCAUUUUGGGACAGCAAUUCCAUCCCUUUGGGAUCUUCUACCCAUCCUGGGAUGAGAAUUCCAUCCCUUUGGGGUCUCCUCAGCCCUCUGGGGUCUCCCCCACCAUUUUGGGAUGUCCUGGGAUGGGAAUCCUGACCCCGUUCUGGUGGUUUUGGGGUCUCCUGGAUGAAUCCCAGCCCCUUCCCCGCUGGCCCGGGGAUUUUGAGGUCUGGAUUUUGGGGUCUGACUUUGAGAUCUGGAUUUUGGGAUCAGGACUUUGGGUCUGGGCUUUGUAGGGUCUGACUUUGGGGUCCGGAUUUUUGGGUCUGGAUUUUCGGGUCUGACUUUGGGGUCUGGUUUUUGGGGUGACACAGCGCUAGUGACCAAAGUUGUACAGGCAGGAGGGGGCUGAGGGUCCCCCCAAAACCCCCCUGGGGUUGUUUGGGGUCAGAGCCUGACCCCAAAGAAACAAAAAUAAGCACAAAAGUUCCCCCUGGGUGAACUCCUGUAAGUUAUUGGGAGAAGGUUGAAUUAUUUUUGUUAAUCACAUCUCGACGAUCAGUUCCUAGCUCCUUCCGCGGGGAGAUUUUAGAAAUAAUAAUAAUAAUUAAUUAAUAAUAAUAAUUAAUAAUUAAUAAUAAGCCAGAAGAAAAAAAAAAAAAACAAAAAAAACUUUUUUAUUAAAUCUUCCUCUAUGCAAA